AGUCGUAGUUUUAAUUUUUAAUUUGGUUAUAAGCACAAACCAACCGGUGCACUGAGAGGAAUAAAUGUAGGUAUACAGUUCAAUCAAUAUCCACUUUAGUUUUCUAUACCUACUUAAUAAGUAAGUACGAACAUCAAGUUUUACCCAUGUAUUACUAAUUACUCUAAAUUCUAAUAUAGGUAACAUUAACUAAAUAUUGUGUUGAUGAUGCUUGGAUCUACCACCACCUAGUUAGUAGUUCAUUAAUUAUGGCCACUAUUUGAAGGCUAUUGAUAUAACCUCUGAUAUUACUAAAAAAGUGUAGAACAUGAAUCCUGUAAGUGUCAUCGUGUCCAUGAUAAAUAUUUAUUUAAUUUAUCAUGAUUGUGUCAAAACUAUUUAUUUAUGCCAUACUAUACCUAGAGGGCAAGAGCCACGACUGUGCACAAUCGUAUUGGUUAAUGAGAGCAUUGUUAAAGUACAUAUAUGUGAAAUCAAAAUGGUCUAUCUUGUCAGUUAUCAUAUGCCAUCUACCCUUAGACCUCAUACUAACCACUAGAUAAUUAAUAGGUCACAAGUAUGUAUGGAAAGUGUAACAACAUAGAGGACGCUUUUUGAUUACUCAUACGAGUCAUACGCACGAUAGUGUGGGGUAGCAGGUAUGUCUGACAGAAAGCCAACGAAGACUAAUUUCUGUGCCGAAAAACGUUUAUCAUUAUCAUACGAAGCAUUAAAUAACAUGCGAAGGAAUAAUAAAUUUUGCGAUGUACAAUUUGUUGUUGGAGAUAAAAAUAUAUCAGCUCACAAAGCUAUAUUGGCUUCUCAUAGUAAAUAUUUUGAUAGCAUGUUUACUGGAAAUUUUAAAGAUUCUACAUUAUUGGAGAUUAAAAAUAAAGAGAUCACUCCAAAUUCAUUUGAACAAUUAAUAGAUUUUCUAUAUACAUCACAGCUAACAAUAAAUGAUUCUAAUGUGCAGGAAUUAUUAAUGGCAUCAAUUUUUUUAAUACUCGAUGAUGUGAAAGUGGAAUGCUUAAAAUAUGUAGAACAAACAAUUGAUGCUGAAAACUUUAUGACAGUAAAAAGCUUUGCCGAUACAAAUAAUAUUAACGAUUUGCAUAAAUUAUUUUUGUCAUAUGUACUAAAAAACUAUAAGAAUAUUGUAGUAUCCGAUGCAUUUUUAUCAUUUUCAUUUAAAUUGAUGAUGGAACUUAUUCAGAGUGAUGACCUGUGUGCUGAAGAAGAAGAGGUUUAUGAAUCGACUAUGUUAUGGCUGAAACAUGACCUAAAUGAACGUUUGAAAUAUUUGCCGGAAUUAUUUAAGUCUAUUCGGUUAAGUGUAAUGUCAAUUGAUUAUUUGAAUAAUACUGUUCAAGAAGAGGAUCACAUUAAAUCUGAUAUUAAAUGUAUGAGUUAUUUGUGUCAUGCCUAUAAAGAGCACUUGCAGGUUAAUUCAAUGGAUGAUGAAUCAUCAUUGACUAACAAUAUAACAUGCAGAAAAUACAAUCAGGCAAAGUCAAAGUCAUUAUUUAUUCCAGGAAAUGCAAAUUUACCUAAACCUAAAGAUUAUGCUAUCAACCAAUUUUUGCUUAUAAAAGAUUCACCAGAAUUUAUGUCAUAUACUUUUGAACAGUUAAUGGAACUAAUUAAAAGCGAUGAUUUAUGUGCUGAAGAAAUACAAGUUUAUAAAGCCGUCAUGUCAUGGGUGAAGUAUGAUAAACAAAAUCGUUCUGAAUUAUUGCCAAAAUUAUUCCUUUCAAUUCGUUUGCCUUGUAUACAAAUAGAAGACUUGAUUAAUAUUGUUGAAAAUGAAAUACUAGUUUCUUCAAAUUCAAAAUGUAUGGAUUUUUUGCACAACACAUACAAAAUACUUGCACUGAAUAGAAAUGGAUUAAUGAAUACAUUAAAAUCUACUGAAUCAACGAUUUUUAAAUACAGGAAUCGCCAUUCAAAACAAGUCCUGUUACUAUAUCAGCAAGAUAAAAAACAAAAAAUAGAAUGGUUGGACUUAACUAACAAGACUUCUUAUGAAACCACUUUAACUUGGGAUGUUGGUGAUAGAUCAUACUAUUUAAUAUUAAGGGAUGGAAGUAUCUUUUGUAUGCGAACAAAUCUAUACAUACCUAGUGUAGAUGGCAGUGGAAGAAAAGUAUUUUUUCAUACAAAUAUUUCUGUUACAUUAUAUGAUGGACAUCUUCAGGCAUGGAUGCCUAUUAGUAAACCUCAUUUUAUUCAUUCUACUCCAAGUAUUGUACAAUUUUAUGAUCGCAUCUAUGUAAUGUCUACAGUAGGCGUUGAAUAUUAUGAUAUUCUUAAAGAAACCUGGCACAAAGUUAAGUUAAAAAUAUCAAUAACUGGGUGUAUAAAACUUACAGUAGUUUCUGAUUUAAUUUAUGGGGUUUGCAAUUCAAAAGCUUUUUGUUAUAAUCCAAAAACAGACUCUGCUCAACUAAUCUGUUCUGUGAACACUCGUAUAGAAAAGUUAUAUUCAACAUGUUCACUUAAAGACCACUUGUACAUAGUUGGUGCUGAUGAUUUUGAGGAUCAUGGUUCUGAUCUUUUUGUUGAAAAAUACAGACCACAAUCUAAUACUUGGAUUAAAACUUUUAGUUACCAUACUAGCCAAAAAAACCCGGGUGUUAUUGUAAUGAAUGAUCGAAUAUACCUAGUGGGUGGAGACAAUAAUAAUUCAAUUUCAUAUUGCAAUCUAAUAACUGGAAAGUCCGGACUACUACCGGGAGUAUCAUUGAAAUCUACAAAACAUACUAACAUGCAAGCAUUUGUUAUUGAUACAAAAAUAUCUAUAGAGCCAAUGAACAUUUUGGAAUAUUAUUCAACUGAUAAUAUUUAAUGCUUUACUUCAAAAGAAAAGCUUUCUUUCAUUGUUUUUGAUUUAUACAGAAACGCCAGCUAAAAUCUUAAAAAGUAAUAAACAAAAUCAACAAAAAACUCACAAAAUAUUAUUGUAUUUUAUUUUUAAAUGUACCUAUGUGUUUAUUAUUUAAAAUAAUUACAAUAUUCAAAUGCUUUAAGUUGAUUAUAAUUCAUUUGUACUUGUUUGGAACAAUGAUAUAAUGUCUAACGCCCAACUGCCAUAACCACAAAUUGAGUUUAGAGUAGUACCUAUCUUCUAAAUCAUAGAAAACUAUUGAUAAACUAUGAUAAAACCAUG